GUGUGUGACGCCAGUGGCAGUAACCGAAACUUCCUGGUUGUCGCGCCUCACCUGACGAAACUGGAGCAAUAAUUUACACAAAAACACAAUUAUUCUGCUCAUUUAUACAACACAUGAACAUUACAUCACUACAUCAAAUCAUCUGUGUGUAAGCGGAGAGAGAACUCAUCAUUUAAAGCUCAGUCACGCGCUGCUGGAGGAGCCACAGGACACGGAGGAUGUGGGAGCUUCCCGUCGGGAAGGAUGAAGAGUUCCCCAGCUAACCGCAGUCGGGACAUCGAGCGCCAGGCCGGAUACCUGCGCCCGGAGCACUGCACCCCCCCGCCUCCGCGCUCACACUCCCCCCACGACAUGUGGUUCAUCCGGGACGGCUGCGGCAUCGUGUGCGGCGUGAUCACGUGGAUGCUGGUCUUCUACGCCGAGUUCGUGGUCGUGUUCGUGAUGCUGCUGCCGGUGAAGAACCUGGCGUACAGCAUCUUUAACGGUGCCGUGUUUAACGGGCUCGCUUUCCUCGCGCUGGCGUCACACUUCAGAGCCAUGUGCACCGACCCGGGAGCCGUUCCAAAGGGAAACGCCACUAAAGAGUUCAUCGAGAGUCUGCAGCUUAAGCCUGGUCAGGUGGUGUACAAGUGCCCCAAAUGCUGCAGCAUCAAACCUGACAGAGCACAUCACUGCAGUGUGUGUAAGCGCUGCAUCAAGAAGAUGGACCAUCACUGCCCCUGGGUCAACAACUGUGUGGGAGAGAACAACCAAAAAUACUUUGUGCUUUUCACCAUGUACAUUGCUUUGAUUUCCCUUCAUGCUCUCAUGAUGGUAGCUUUACAUUUUGUCUUCUGUUUUGAAGAAGACUGGGCAAAGUGCAGUUCCUUCUCUCCUCCGGCGACCGUCAUCCUCCUCAUCCUCCUGUGCUUCGAGGGUCUGCUCUUCCUCAUCUUCACCUCUGUGAUGUUCGGGACGCAGGUGCACUCCAUCUGCAACGACGAGACCGGAAUCGAGCAGCUGAAGAAAGAAGAGCGAAGAUGGGCCAAAAGGUCCAAGUGGAUGAACAUGAAGGUGGUGUUCGGUCACCCGCUCUCUCUCUCCUGGCUCAGUCCGUUCGCCACGCCGGAUCACGGGAAAGCCAAUCUCUACCAGUACGUGGUGUGAGACGCCGAGCACAACCUCUCUACACA